CAGUUUUAUGAACGGCGGCGCGGCUGCAUCAUGAUCCCGUUCUUACCGAAUCAGCCCCGAGCCGUUUCAUUGACAAACAUUCCGGUUGCUGCAUUUCUCUCACGGACAGCAUCGAGGAGCGGAGCAUCGCCGGGGGAGCGGUGCAGAGCAGCAGCAGCAGCAGCAUCAGCAGCUGCAGUCAGCAUCAACAAUAACCCCCGGUGUCGUUCGCACCAGUUUAUAAGCUGUUGAUCCGCCACUCGGACCUGGACUGGAUUAUCACGCAUCCAUUCUCCUCAUUCCACGCUCUCUUGGGACAACUAAAGCAUCACCUGAGGGGGGGUGGGGGGGGGGGGAUCAGAUCUCUUUUUAUCACUCAGAGCCCUUCGGGGAUGUGAGGCUCCACAAACUGACACAUUAUUGGAUCUGUUUAAACACUUCCAUGAGGCGCCCGGACGCACCGAUGGAGGAUUCUGGACGCUUUUCUAAAUCAUGGAGAUCUGUCAGAUUGCAGCGGCCGGUGUGUGAUGCGAACUGAGCCGUGGGUGGUGUAGACCCCCUCCCUGCACCCCCCACAGUCCCACCGCCUUACCCGCCGCGAACCCCUCCUUCAACCGGGACGCACAGCCUUGUUUCACUCCACCGUGGGAACAUGUCCCGGGCAGCGGCUAUCGCCAGCUCCCUCAUCCGGCAGAAGCGGCAGGCGAGGGAGCGGGAGAAGGCGAACGCGUGCCGUGGCAGCGGCAGCCCGAGCAACAGCAAAGGCGCAAACGACAAGCCCAGCAAACUGAACGUGUUCUCGCGUGUCAAAUUGUUUGGGUCGAGGAAGAAACGGAAGAGAAGGCGACCACCAGAGCCCCAGUUAAAGGGCAUUGUGACCAGGCUUUCCAGUCGCCAGGGCUUCCAGCUGCAAAUGCAGCCCGAUGGCACCAUCGAUGGAACCAAGGAUGAAGACAGCACCUAUGCUGUGUUCAACUUGAUCCCGGUGGGGCUCCGAGUGGUGGCCAUCCAGGGCGUCCAGACUAAACUCUACCUGGCCAUGAACAACGAAGGCUUUCUUUACACCUCUGAACAUUUCACUCCGGAGUGUAAGUUCAAAGAAUCUGUGUUUGAGAACUACUACGUCACCUACUCCUCCAUGCUGUACCGGCAGCAGGCCUCGGGCCGGGCCUGGUACCUGGGACUCAACAAGGAAGGAGCGAUCAUGAAGGGGAACCAUGUGAAGAAGAACAAGGCCGCCGCACACUUCAUACCGAAACCACUCAAAGUGGCCAUGUACAGAGAGCCCUCCCUCCAUGACCUGACAGAACUAUCACGGUCUGGCAGCGGGACACCGACCAAGAGUCGCAGCGCUUCAGCCCUUCUUAACGGCGGAGGGAAGACACCAAGCAACAAUGACUUAUCCUAGCCCCCCCGUCCCUCACACACCCACACCCACAUUCAGACCUGCACACACACACACACACACACACACAUACACACACACACACCUGCACAUACAGAUCUCAGGCCAACAUGCCCACACAUCAGGCUGGUGAGGGGAGGGAGGGAGGAGGACGGGAAUGUGUUCUUCCACUUAACGGAGCCCACUGUGACUGACUGUGAUGUAAAUAAACCAAGGACAAUCAAUCCAUCUGGCUCUGCUGCUCUAGUCUGUGGAGGAUCAAGAGCCAGACCUCCACCACUCUUCCCUUGACUACUCUUCCUACUGUGUAUUAUACUCAGAGAGAACAAGGGAGGGAGAGAAGGAAAAGAGGGAUAGAAUGAGCCAGUCAGUCACAAAGAUUUAAAGACUGUUACUGAGAACCAAAGAGUCCAAGUGUUAAAUUAAAAGGCAGGUGGUGAGAACGUAACCGUAAUAGAGACAAAGGCAGAAGGAUCUUUAUCUAAUCUACUGUAUGCUAUGUUUACACAGAGCUCAUGGGGUUAAGUCAUAUUUUUAAAAACGAUGAAAGUAUUCCUUGUACACUUAUGAGGACUGACUAUUUGUUUGCAUGCAGGUGCGCCUGUGUGUUGUGUGCGAGUGACUGGUUGCUGUGCUUGCAGUUGAUGCGUUGUGUGUGGGCAAGUGAGCGCGAGUGUGUGCGCACGCAUGUGUCUGGGGGGGGUCGGGAUUUUACCUUUUUAAGAUCAGUUGUAUAUCAACCUCCUGAGGGCUUUAGCAGGUUAAAAUAAGGUUUACUGUAUAUGCUUCCGUGUUUACUUCAAGCAAUGCCGUUGUUUCUCUUUCCAUUUGUUGUUGUUGUCACUUGCUGUUUGUUUGUUUGUUUGUUUGUUUGUUGUUGCAUGGAAGCUUGUGGACCUCUGCUCAGUAGCAGCAUGCUGAAGGUCCUCUUUUUUCUGGUCUUGCGUGUUCCUGACCAAAAGAGAACACUAGUGAGCCAAUAGUGUCAUACCAGAACACUAGUGAACCAAUGUGAGGGUGUUAGAACACUACUGGACCAAUAGUAUUGCACCAGAAUAUGAAUGGACCACUGGUGUUGGACCAGAACUUUGGUGAAUCAAUAGGAGCACAGAUUAACUUAAUAUUUUGGUUCCUGCUGUGGACAAACUAGAAAUGCACUAAAUAAACUGUUUCUAAAGAAGCUGAAUGGCUGACUUGCCUUAUUUUAUCAAGCAUUUACAAUACUACGCAAAAAUCUUAAGCUACCAUUAGGUUUGUAGGUUUAGCGAGGUUAUAAAGACCGCACAUGUGCAUUUCUCAAGCUCUGUAUCAACAUAUAGACUACUAGAAUAUAUAGGAAAUGUGUGAAAUGAAUUAGAAACAAAAAAUUGGGAAAAUUAUAUGAAUAUUAUUUAAGCUAUGUAUUAUUAUCUGGACAAAGAAAAGAAUAAAAGAUAAUCCAAGUGCAAAGAAAACAUCUGCAUGUGAUACUUGGUUGAAUGGAGCACAAGAUGAAAGUAAUGGAGGAAAACUUCAAGACAGCUGAUCCAAGAGAACUCAAAAUGUAAUGAGCAAAAUGUGUGUAUGAGCAGAGGUCACAAUAAAUUCUGACUUUUAGCAUUAGACAACAUGUAUUUGUAGCGGAUUUUUUUCUUGUAUCUAAUGAAGAGACUUACAAAUAAAUAUGCAUGCUCAUUUUUACCCUGCAGAAACCACAAUGCUAAAGGCAGCCUGAGAGUUUUUCCACAGUACUGUAUAUCUACGCAUCAAAAUGUGAGAAAAAUUAGAUGAUCUUUUAAUAUAUUAUUACUAGACAUUCUCUAUAGGUGAUCCAUUAGAAUAUACAACUAUUUCUAGCAUUUAUAAACAGUUAAACUAAGCACCAAAAGGGUGCAAGUCUCCUGUUAGAAAAUGUGAGGAUUAAAUGAAAACUCUCAAUGACGUCUUUUUGGCUCCAAAAAGGCAAAACUGAAAUGAUGAACAAAAACUACAAGGUGUAACAGCAGAAGGUUUUGGUUAAUAGGUAUAACUCUCCAUUAAUCAUUUGAGAAAAUGUUUGUGCCAUAACUGUACAGUCACUCCUUUCUUAACAUGCUUUUCACAUUAAACUGUGGAAAUAUUA